UGUUGGGCUGGAACGAGGAAGUGCAGUGGAGAGGGGAGGGACUCAGGGCGCAGCUCCAUGGGGCCGCCGCGGCGCUGCGACCUUCUGCACAUGGAGCCGGGGAGAGUUGGAAGAACUUCAUACUGCAAACUCAAGGAAUAGCAGAGUACUUGCACCGCAUGGAGACAGAGGAAGCCCAGGAAAUGGCCCAGAUGCCAGGCAGGGACAGCCCCCCUGCCAACGAAGCAUCCGAGGAGGCAGAGGAGCCCAUGGCCGUCCCCGAGGACCUGUCAGCCGGCUCCGCCCACCAGCAGAACAACAGAGGGGACAAAGCCUGUAACAUUAAAGUUGAGGCUCGCAGUGAUGAGGAGAAUGGGCUGGCCUGUGACAUGAAUGGCGUGGAGGAGGACGAGUGCGCGGAAGACUUGCGCGUGAUCGAUGCCUCGGGGGCCAAGGUGAACGGCUCACAGCCGAGCCCCGAAGCCAAGGCCUUCUCCUCGGCCGGCGGUAUCCGGCUGCCCAACGGGAAGCUCAAGUGCGAUAUCUGUGGGAUAGUUUGCAUUGGCCCCAAUGUGUUGAUGGUGCACAAGCGAAGCCACACUGGAGAACGCCCUUUCCAGUGCAGCCAGUGCGGUGCCUCUUUCACCCAGAAGGGUAACCUGCUGCGCCACAUCAAGCUGCAUUCGGGGGAGAAACCCUUCAAGUGUCACCUGUGCAGCUACGCCUGCCGCAGGAGGGACGCCCUCACCGGCCAUUUACGCACCCACUCGGUUGGAAAACCCCACAAGUGUGCUUACUGUGGGCGGAGCUAUAAGCAGCGCAGCUCUCUCGAGGAGCACAAGGAGAGGUGCCACAACUACCUCCAGUGCAUGGGGUUGCAGAACAGCAUCUACACAGUAGUAAAGGAAGAAAGCAACCAGAAUGAGCAGAGGGAAGACUUAAGCCAGACGGGAUCUGACAGAGCCUUGGUGCUAGACAGACUAGCUAAUAAUGUAGCUAAACGUAAGAGCACUAUGCCACAGAAGUUUGUGGGUGACAAACGUCUGUCAGACCUCUCCUACGAUGGAGGAGCAGGCGAGCUGAUUCAGCCCCACGUCAUCGACCAGGCCAUCAACAGUGCCAUCAGCUACCUGGGGGCCGAGUCGCUCAGGCCCCUGGUCCAGACCUCCCCGGCCUCCUCUACUGAUGUGGGCCUUGGAUCCAUGUACCCUCACCAUAAGCCGGCGAAUGACGGCCAUGUGGGGACGGGCCACGGCCUGUCGGCCAAAGACAGUGCGGCUGAGAACCUGCUGCUGCUCUCCAACUCCAAGUCUGCCUCCAGCGAGAAGGACGGCUCGCCCAGCCACAGCGGCCAAGACUCCACCGACACCGAGAGCAACAACGAGGACCGUUCAGGCGGGCCGGCCCCCAGCCUCAUCUACCUGACCAACCACAUCACCCCCGGGGUGAGGAACGGCGUCCUCCCUCUAGUGAAGGAGGAGCAGCAGAGGCAGUACGAGGCCAUCCGGGUCAGCAUGGAGAUGGCCUCCGAGGGCUUCAAGGUGGUGACGGCGGACGGGGAGCAGGUGAGGGCGUACCGGUGCGAACACUGCCGCGUUCUCUUCCUGGACCACGUCAUGUACACCAUUCACAUGGGCUGCCACGGCUUCAGAGACCCCUUCGAGUGCAACCUCUGCGGUCACCGGAGUCAAGACCGAUACGAGUUCUCCUCUCACAUAACACGAGGGGAGCAUCGCUACUGAGCCCCGCCCACCAGGGAGCACACACAUGCACACACACUUUCGCAAAGAUAAACAGGUGUACAUAUGGAAAGGAAAACCCCCACACAUUCACUCACAGACAUACACCUGAAACAAGUGCAUAAAAAACAAAAUGUAAAAUACACUGUUGAUGUCUGAAAGUUGUGUUUUUUAUACAAAGUAUGCAUGUUUGUUGAUUAUUACACAAUACAAUUCUAUUCAUUUCAAAUGCCAUGCUCAAAAGAAAGACCAGUUACUCAUUUGUCUUUUUUAAAUAAACAAAAUAUUGUGGAUUGAAGACGACACAGCUGAGGCUCUGUGCCACUUCAUGUAUUUACAGUCGCCACGUGUAUAAAAUGUAUAAAUGUGACUUUUCUUUUGGAAAACGAGGCAGCAACUUUUUUUUUUUCCUAGUUUUGGAAUAGAAAAGAUUUUCACCCAUUCACUUAAACAUCUCUGUAGUGAAGUGUCUGAAACAUCAGUAAAAGAUUCUGCAGCUGUUUUUAGUGCAGGAAAAAACCUACUUUAUUGUCGGCAACCAAUAAAAACUUAACAAUCAGUGUAGAUAACCUCACAUUUCCCUCCCAAAGUUCAAACCUAUUCUUGUAUUUGUAUCAACCUACAUAUUAUUUAUAUCACAUUUACACUCCUGUCUGUUUCUUUGUAUUUAUUAUAAUGAUCGUUGUUUGUCUGUAGGUUAGUUUUUAAAAAAAAAGUUGCAUUUUUUUCUGUUCGACUGUACUUAAUGUAUUUGAGGUGAAAACAUGACUGCUGCUGAUCCUGGCCUUUUUGUUUUAUACCUGAUGGCUGAGAAUUGUUUCACUCACAACAUGAAGGUGAGCCAUUUGAAGGGAGCUUUAUGCUUGCAAAAUAUCAAUAAAGGAUAUUU